ACGUCAAACAUUUCCAGCUUUCUACCUACGAAAGUCUCCGCGAGUGAAACAUCAAUAUUACGUGGCGGUGAUUUCCAACAAUAUUUUUCUAGAAUUAAAGUUUAAAAUUAGGCAACAUGAACAAACUUUUCCCCCUGAUUCUCACUGUGGUGUGGCUGAGCUGUAUGCACCUGAGCCAUGGCUAUUUCAUCACCGUUGAUGCCCAUUCGGAGGAAUGCUUUUUCGACCGUGCGGAAUCCGGUACCAAACUGGGACUGAUGUUCGAAACCAUCGAAGGCGGUUUUCUGGACAUUGAAGUCCGUAUCGUCGGUCCGGACCAGAAAGUCAUCUACCAAGGCGAAAAGGAAUCGAGUGGGAAGUACACUUUCUCCGCUUAUGAAACCGGUGUCUAUCAUUACUGCUUCAGUAAUAAAAUGUCCACACUGACACCAAAAGUGGUGAUGUUUUCCAUGGAAAUUGGAGAAGCGCCAAAGGGAACCAUCGGAGCAGUGAAUGAAGGCGAAGCUGGCCAUACGAAGCUCGAGGACAUGAUCAAGGAACUGUCCGGAACCUUGACGAGCAUUAAGCACGAACAGGACUACAUGCAUGUUCGUGACCGAAUCCAUCGCUCAAUCAACGAGAGCACAAAUUCGAGGGUCGUCAUGUGGUCCGUUUUCGAAGCCCUCGUCCUAGUGGUAAUGACCGUUGGUCAGGUUUACUAUCUGAAGCGGUUCUUCGAAGUUAAGCGUGUUGUGUAAAUGAACGACUGCAGAGAGGCCCAGUUUUUUUGAUUGGGUGUGCUUAAGGAUUCUUCAUUGUAAGUUAAAUUAAUUUUUGUUCCGUGAAUAUCCUAAACAAUGUCGUCCUGAUCGAUGAAUUUUGUUUGCGUAUCGAAU